AACCACUUGAGGGUCGGGGUGUUUUAACCGCUGGACAGGCAGGGAAAGCGACCGCAUUAGCUGUUCGAUUGCGCUAGUAACCGGUUGAAUUUUCCGCAGAAAAUGCGCUUGUUAAUCUCCUGCCUCCUCCUGGGGCUGGCCAAUGCCGGGGAAUAUUCAGAACGAUUUCUCACCCUCUACAAUCAAAUCGUCGACUCGAACAACGGCUACUACUCAAGCCAUGGGGUGCCGUACCACAGUCUGGAGAACAUGCUGGUAGAAACUGUGGAUCACGGCCAUGAAACCGACUCGGAAGCCAUCAGCUACAACAUCUGGCUGCACGCCAUGUACGGGGCGAUCGCCGACGAUUUUGCCCCUUUCAACAACGCCUGGUCGGUCAUCGAGAACUAUCUCAUCCCUCAGGCGCAAUACAACAUGGACAA